GAGCCUUUUAACCAGAGAUGAAGUACAGCCCCCCCCACGCACACAUACUUUUAGGGGGUGAGUUGACUUUUGAGGACAACAUAUGUGGUUCCAAAAUGAACCUUCCACGGAGGUCAGCCAAGGUGGAUUCAGUGACAGAGUCCCAGAUGGAGCCGUCUCUCAAUGCCACCGAAAUGCCCACCAAAGAGAAUGUUUUCUCUGACAUGAAAGACAAGUUCAUGAACAAACUGGGCAAGCUGCCAAUCCCACCCUGGGCUUUGGCCACCAUCCUCAUUGUUGCCGGCCUCCUGCUCCUCUGCUGCUGCUUCUGUGCCUGUAAGAAAUGCUGUGGGAAGAAGAAGAAAGGCAAGAAAGGCAAAGACAAAGUGAAGGCACAAAUCAACAUGAAGGAGGUGAAGGAACUGGGGAAGAGCUACAUUGAUAAGGUCCAGCCUGAGAUAGAGGAUUUGGAUCCAUCUCUGUUGCAGGAGCCCAAGGAGGAAAAGCCCCAGGAGAAACUGGGGAAGCUCCAGUACUCACUUGAUUAUGACUUCCAGAGCACUCAGCUGGUGGUGGGUAUUCUCCAAGCGGCAGACCUCCCAGCCUUAGACAUUGGGGGCACCUCUGACCCUUACGUCAAAGUCUUCCUGCACCCAGAGAAGAAGAAGAAAUACGAGACCAAAGUCCAUCGCAAAACCCUCAACCCCACUUUCAAUGAGUCGUUCACUUUUAAGGUUCCUUACUCAGAACUGGGGGGUAAGACCCUCGUCAUGGCUGUCUAUGACUUUGACCGUUUCUCCAAGCACGAUGCCAUUGGUGAGAUACGCAUCCCCAUGAACACCGUGGAUCUGGCCCACGUAAUUGAAGAGUGGCGGGACCUGCAGUCAGCAGAGAAAGAAGAGCACGAGAAGCUGGGAGACGUUUGCUUUUCACUCCGAUACGUCCCUACAGCUGGGAAGCUGACCGUUAUCGUGCUAGAAGCGAAAAACCUCAAAAAGAUGGAUGUGGGGGGCCUUUCAGACCCCUACGUUAAAAUCCAUCUCAUGCAAGGAGGGAAACGUAUCAAGAAGAAAAAAACAACCAUCAAGAAAAAUACACUGAAUCCCUAUUACAACGAAUCCUUCAGUUUUGAGGUGCCUUUUGAACAAAUCCAGAAAGUCCAGGUUGUUCUGACAGUCCUGGAUUAUGACAAACUAGGCAAGAACGAAGCCAUUGGGAAGAUCUUUGUUGGCUGCAAUGCCACAGGUGCCGAGCUGCGCCAUUGGUCUGACAUGCUGGCCAAUCCCCGGAGACCAAUUGCCCAGUGGCACACCUUGCAGCCUGAAGAAGAGGUGGAUGUGGCUGUUGGCAUGAAGACCUCUUGAUGCCUCUUUCCUGUUGGCCGAAUGAUCCGGCGACAGUUACAUCUCCCAUCCGGAGCGAAUGGGAGUGUGUGGUUGAGGCGCCCCUGAAAAUGUGCGCAUGUGGGGGGGGAUAGCCUGUAAGCCUGUCUCUUCUCUCCGAGCCAUUUCCUGUUGAAACAGAAACAUCUCUACGAGAAAAAAAAUCCUCUGUUUUUUAUCCACUGUGUGAAAAAGGAAGGAAGUUUACAUAGUAGCUUGAGACAGGUGAGAGAUUUACUAUAGGUUUACUAUGAGGCUUACAAUACACCUUGCGUAGGUUUAUAUAUUUUGGCUUCAGAUUUUAAAGUUGAGCCUUAUUUGCAGACAGGCUUAUUUUUUCACAAAAACAAUCUUUAAAUUACUGGGUAUUAUUUGAAAAAUCGGCCUCAAAUAAACCUACUGUUUAUCUUUUGAAGCUUUGAUUAUACUAUAGAUUCACUACAAGUUUCUUUAAAGGACACCAUUUCAUAUACAUUUUGGAUAUUGUACUCUGGUGCCAUGUUUGAAAACUAGACCUCAUAUGUAAAUCUAUUGUAAACAAUGUCUACAAAUGUGUUUAUAAUAGAUUUACUAAAGAGUUGCAGCAAACUCUGUUCUCUAUUAACUAUACGACUCUGGACAAUGGAUUUUAAAUAAUGCGUUAGAAUGCUAAACCUGAGGUGAAAACAUACCCCAAAUCUUUUAAAACAAAGUUUGAAACUCGGUUUUCUACAACUUGACAAUGGCUUUAUUUUAUGAUAAAAAUAGCUUUUUGUUUUUGGUAAAAUUUGGUCCUCAUUAGCAGUUGAAACUGUUUGCCAAAAACAGAGCUUAAUCAGGAUAAGAUUGCAAAUAUGUUGUAUGUGGGCUUCCUAUAUUAAACGUAUUGUAUCAUAACCUAAUUAUUUUAUUACAAAAUGUUCAUGUACUAGCCAACAUAUAAAAACCAGCCAUCAUUUGCAGAAUGCUUAUGAAUGUGUUAACAUAUAUUUGCAAUAGGCUUCCCCCCCACAAAUUACAACAGUUUUGUGGAUUUUUAUGUUAGAGCAUUACAGAGUUUUAAGCAUCAGCCAAUGUAUUAAGCUGUUCGUAUAUAGCUUAUUCUACUUUAUAUUGACUUAAUUUGGAGUUUUAUAACAGUUUUGACAGAACCAUUGAUCUGUUUUACAGCACACGCUUUACAACACAUUUAUGAAAUGUUUGAUAUGAGUAUUAUAGAAAAUUUGCUAUAGGCUUUAUGUCGACUUACGGCAGGUUAACUACAGAUUUGCUAGUGAU